GUUGUGCCUGAGAUUGUUAUUUGGCCUUUUCAACUCCAACCCCAUUUACCCUACUGCCCUAUGCCAGUCACCGUAGAACAUUUGAGUACAAAUGGCAUAAAAGGUUCUGCGCAGCCUCAAAUUGCCAUUACUCCACUUACUCCUGAAGAAGAAGAACGCAUCGUCAAUACACGAAUCACAAACGAUGAGCGACCACUCAAACGCAUAAUAAAGAGAUUUCAUCAUUACAUUAACGUGGCGCAUGCACCACUCCUUCCAUCGGUUCCUAGUGGGUCCGUAGAGGACGCGCGGGAGAGUUUUCUCGUCGAGCUAGCCUCUUUUCAACUUUUGUUGAAGAAGAACGCCAUGAUUUGCGAAGCUGAAGCACGGCAGGUCGAGGAAUACCAAAGAGAAAAACAUCGAAUCGACCUCGAGCACAAUACGCUUCGUGGACAAAUUGAACAGCUCAAGACCUCACUAGAGGAAGCGCAGCUAACCCGUAAACGUAAGAUGGAGUACGACCUGAUUGCAGAGAAAGUGAAUACUCUUCCUAGCAGAGAAGAGCUAGAAAAGACCAUAGAGGCUUUGGAGAAUGAUAUGGUCGCCAUCCGGGAUGAGCAUGAAACGCAGUCUCGAACCAUACAGAGUCAAAAAGUCGCUUUGGAUGGUAUCAUCUCGGACUUGGGCUCACUACGGUUUCAUGGCGGAGAUCCUACGGUCUCUGGUGUACCCUCACAUAGAGGUACACCUACAUUCGAGAGUAGAGCUUCUGAAGGCCUGGAAGAGCUUGAAAGUAUACAAGCUAGCGAAGUCACUCUUGGACUUUCAAAAGGCGACGAAAGGGAAGAGGGAGAAGAAGGAGAAGAGAAGCCACCGGAGCUGGAAGUCAACGGCGAUAUUGAAAUGGGAGAGGUCGAGGAGAAAACGAAAAACUCUCGGGCGAGAAAGGCAAGAGAGGAUUUAGAAGAAGGAGAGGCAACGGAUGCGAGCAGUGAACUUUCUGAACCUCCAGACAAUAUUUGAUUGUAUUUUCACGUUUACUGUAUUGUUGCUCACACAUAUGUAAAGGUCAAAGAUUCGACAAAGAUUUCUUUGCGGAUAUGGUCAAAGGCC